AUGGGGUGCAAUGAAGAUCAGUCUGUCGAGAAACAGGAGGAAGUAGAAAAACAACCCCACCGCCCAGGCUCCGAUAGAGCGAAACAGCCGACCGAGUGUUCCACUACGUCCGCUCUCAGCGGACCGCAGGUCGCUAGGCGCUUGACCCUCGAUGGCCUCAUUCCAGAAAUCCAGUUGCAGGUCCUCCGCAAUCCCUCGGACCUGGAUAACCUCCACGCAGCCAUCUACGUCUCACCCACUUUGCAUAAAUGUUAUCUCUCAGCGAGGCGCGGACUGCUAUAUCACCACCUCGGCAGAACCUUCCGCAGCCAUCGCAUAUUCGUUGAUGCCUUUGCGGCUCAUAAGCUGGGCAUUCUGCGCGAGUCGACCAGUGAAGAUAAGCUUAAGCUUCUGGAGGAGUUCAUGGAUUCAUAUCUCAACUUGCAGUCCGAUCCAGAGAGUUUCAGAGCAGCAUGUACUGUUGAUGAUCUGGCCGGCAUCGCACGUUUCUACUCAUCGAUAGUAAGAUCUGCUCUCCUAUGGCUUUGGCGUCAAUGGGGUCGUCAGGACGUGGAGGCGGAAGACUGUAGCGGAUUCAGCGCUACAGGGAGAAUCUGUAUGAUCCGUGGGCUCUACCAUUUCGAGACAUGGUGUAGCUACCACGGCCUGGGGAGUAUCACCGCUCGUCUGCUACCGACGACGACGAAUGCCGACAUGCUGCGCUUUCUGAACAAGUACCUACAACCCUGGGAAAUCGAAGAGCUGAGUUGCAUCUACUGCGAGAUCCGAACCUACUACCGCAUGAUUCUUUGUUAUCCUUCAGGCAUUGUCAGUUGUACCAACCCCGAUACACAUUUCAAGCUUGUCUACCAAGAUCUGUCAACGUCAAAUGUUUUUGAUGUCAGUGAAGAGCCUCCCUCGCCCGCGUAUGAUUGUUUCUGCGAGGCGCUGGUGACGCGUGGCCUGGAGCGCUUCUCUACAAUCCGGAAUUGUGAGAUGCUCAGCCCAUAA